AUGUACAAAAAGAAUGAACCUAUCGCCAUGCUCACCGCCCAUGAUUUUCCUUCUGCAUACGUCGCCGAUAGCGCCGGAAUGGAUAUGGUCCUUGUCGGAGAUAGUCUUGCAAUGGUCGCACUGGGAAUGAACGAUACCAACGCCGUUACUCUUGACGAUAUGGUCUUGCACUGUCGGAGCGUCACAAGAGCGGUCAGGUCCGCCUUCGUUGUCGGCGAUCUACCAAUGGGAUCAUACGAAAUCAAUCCGCAACAAGCCGUGCAAUCGUCAAUCCGACUGGUCAAGGAGGCACACGUCCAAGCGGUCAAACUCGAAGGAGGGGUCGAUUUUGCUUCCACCAUCAAAGCGGUGACCACAGCCGGCAUCCCCGUUGUCGCACACAUCGGCUUGACGCCUCAACGCCAGAAUGCGCUUGGCGGGUUCCGUGCGCAGGGGAAGACUGUUGCUGGUGCAUUGAAAUUGUUAGAAGAUGCAUAUGCAGUGCAGGAAGCGGGCGCGUUCAUGGUCGUUCUGGAAGCUAUCCCGGCCGAGAUUGCAGCCAUAAUCACUAAGAAGCUACGCAUCCCAACUAUUGGUAUCGGAGCAGGCGAUGGCUGUUCCGGACAGGUUCUCGUGCAGAUCGAUAUGACGGGCAAUUUCCCCUCGGGCCGCCAUUUACCAAAGUUUGUCAAGAAGUACGCUAAUGUCUGGGAGGAAUCCAAAAGGGGCAUUGAGCAGUACCGAGAAGAAGUCAAGAAUAGGUCAUAUCCGGCAAAGGAACAUACUUACGCUAUUGACGAGGAGCACGUUGCCCAGUUUCAACGACUUGUUGAUGAGCAGAGUUCAAAAAAUAGUCAGGAAUGA